UCAUGUCGCCCAGCAGGAACUCGGAAGACGGACGGCCCGUCUGCCAGUCGUCUUGAGUGGGGACGAGCAAGAGUUUGGCCUCAAACUAUUUGACCUUUUGGAAGCUAAAAGGCACCCACCCACCGGUCAUCAGUCGAAAGGAGAAGUAGAGGCUUUCCACUUUGGAAUCACUCAAAGGGCUCCAGGUGGGAUGCAAAAGGCCACUACUCACGUCGUGCUUCCUGAAACGCUUGGCGUAAGCGUGGCCAAAUUGCCGGCCGGGCGGCCGGCCGGCAAUUUGGCCAGUCAAGCGUCCCACCUCUGAUAUUGACAUUGGAUGCCGACCGUGACGUCUCCGGUGCGGACGAUGGGCGUGUCUCCUAGAGGAGAAGCCGUGUACUGCAGCGUGAAGAUGUAAACCAAGGCGUCCUCGGACAUCUGAAACACGCAACGAGUCCCCGAAGCGACACGAGUUAUGUGUCGAGUCUUGAAAUCCAAGUCUUGUGAUCCGACAGGAGACUCACCAACAGCUGGCUGCCGCACCCGUGCAGCUCCGACUCAAAGAUCAGAACCCGGUUCCCAGAGUCUUCCCCGGUGGCGGGACACCCCCCCAGGGUGACGUCGGCAUUCCCGACCGUACCCAGCAGAAAGCGCUUGGCCUCCACCCGGAUGGAGUUUUCCUGGCAAACCACCAGGACGGCGUCGGGCACCUCAGGAGGCGUCAGCUCAAAGUGCGGCGGGAAGCGGGGCUCCUCCUCCGCCGGGGCUUGAGGAGGCUUCCAGGACAAGGGCCGCUCUUGAGGAAAAGUUUGGCCAGCUGCACCUCCAGACAUGGAUCGACACGGAACAAGCUCAUCACAAAAAACGUGGAAAGCUUUUCCCUCUAAAUGUUGAAUUCAACGUCGUUUGUUUGUUCAUGAGGAUGUUUAAAAUGUUUACCUGCUGCCUGCUGGACUUUGGACCUCCAUUUCAAGUCCUGGGGGGAGGCUGAUAAAGCUACUGCUAAUGCUAGAGCUACACCCAAAAGGGCUUUGUUAGUGGUCAUAGUUGAUGUCUUUGCUACGAAACGCAGAUGAGCAGCCAGCAAAUAAAGCUGCUCAUGACUCCUCCCACUCAUUGCUGAUUCUCCAGCUGGGCCUCGUCCACCUGCUGAUCAUCGCCUCUUACCUGAGAAACUAACUGGUGGAGGCCUCCGACCGACUCAGGGAAAGUGCAUGCAAAGGCUGGCUGCUCCUGGUGACAGUUGACUGAAACUGCUCCUGAUUGGUGACGUGCCUCAUCGACACAUCCAGGGCCGCUGAUGGUUAGAGACAUCAAAGAGAUGGAACUGGCUUGCCAGUCAAUGAGUCAACUGUCACCGCCUCAAACCUUUGCACAGAAGAAAACCAUUUCCGAAAUCACAACAGCGUAAUCGCAUUCCUGGCUCCUAUCACUUUGGACAACUUUGGAGCAUCAAUUGCAGUUGCGUGAAAUGAUAUGCAAGAUGACGUCAUUUUUUAUUGAGUCACUUUUGUUCAUGUGCAUCAAGGUUGUGAGACUCUGACCUAUCCAACUUUACACAGGCACAUUUAAAGACAAACAUUGUUUAUUGUUUUCAGGGCUGUAAAUGUUCAAUCAUGUUGAUUCACAAGAAGAUGACUUUGUUUCCACUGAUUUGUGGAUUGAUGACAUCAAGACUCAAGACGAUUCCUUCAGAUUACUCACGCUGCGCAAGGAGGAAAGACCAGGGCGCAAAAAAAAAAGCACCUGAAAGACUUAUCGGCGGGCGGCAUUUUAGGAUUUGGUUCCACGCGCGCAUAAUCAAACUGUUGGGAUCACGUACGCACCGCUGUGACGUCAGAGGAGAGAAAGCGAGCUUCUUGCAUCUUCGCUCAACAAGCUCCGGCGCCUUGAGCUGAGCUGAGCUGAGCCGAGUUGAGCCGAGCCGGCCCUGCCACGCACAACAUGGUCGCUGUCGGCGGUUCUUGGCUUAUUUAAGCUUUCAAACAUUAUCUCACGGGCUGUUUGUUUGGUUUUCUCGUCGAGUGGACAUUGAAAAGCGACUUCAACAGUGGAUUUGGUCCUGUGUGCUUAUGCGUACUUCCGACGGAGCCGACCCGGGGGCGCCUCCCUCCGUCCGUCCGUCCGUCCGGUGAGCCCCACUUUGGACUUCGGGCUCCCAUGCAGCUCCUGCGGCUGCUGUUGAUUCUGGCCGCCGCCGCCGCCGCCACGGGGCUUUGCUGGUUCCUCGUGUGCGCGCUCGUCGGGGACAGCCUCCGCCAAGGUGAGCUGCGGACGGGCAGCUGCGAGGUGCUGACGCUGGAGCGCGACGGCAGCCACCCCAGACGAAGCGUCGCCCGGCAGACGGCGCGCUGCGCUUGCGUCCCGGGACAAAUGGCCGGCACCACCCAGGGCCGGCCCGCCUGCGUGCACGCUGGCAUCGUGCUGAGUCGUCAGUGGUGCGAGAUGAGUCCGUGCCUGGACGACGAGGGCUGCCGAGCGCUCGUCGAUGGCUCGGGAUGGAGCUGCGCGCAACCGGGGGGGCGGGUCAAGACCACCACGGAAAGCCAUCAAAUUGACAAGGUUCAGUCACGGGUCCCGUCCAAUUUGGUCCACAAUGGAAUGUUUCGAUGGCAGCAAUAACAACAGCAGCAGCCACAUUUUGGUCAGUCAGCUCUUCUUUUCCUGCUUGCAAUCACCAUGGAUCGCUCGCUCGCUCAUGUCUGCCAGGUCUCCUGACAGUGGCGACAACGGGACAGAAAACUCCCAUCGUGCAUCUCGAGAGCUGAGCCAAAGACACGGGGUCGUCGGCAAAGCCAGUCGCCAUGCCACGCCGCGUUGGACUCAACUUUGCCUUUUGGAGAAAAUCUCAACUUGGCCGCUCAAGAGGGAGGACACGUCGAGAUAUCUGGAAUGUGCCGAAUAAAUCAUGGCGACAACUUUGAAUAGACUGCUACUAAUUACUAUUACUUUUGCAGGUGAUGGCUUUGCCGUCCAAAUGGGUGCUGAGUGAAAAGGAAAAACUAAAUGAGAUGAGAACUGAGCGGGCGGGCGGCCAUGAAAAAUGCAGCAGUUAGCUCCAAAAAGCUUGUGGAGGCAGCAUGUAGCGUUAGCAUCACAACAUGCACACAAAUGUGCACUUCAUCACGCGAAAAAAGUUCACAAAGAGAACUUUGGCAAGGGAAAACUUCUGCGGAAAGAAGGCAAAAGGCCGCAAAGGGAAAGUGAGAAGAUAAAAAGAAACAAACUGCAAAUUGGUCAGGCCAAAGUCAGGUGGCGCUUUCAUGGAGUCGUCCGGUUAUUCCUCCGGAGGUCCAAUUAGCUCCGCAAUGGCCACAAAUGAAGCCAACGGCCGCAUUGAAGCGGCCAAAGCCUUGGCGCUGUGUACAAGACCAAACAACGCCGCUAAAAAUAAAGCAUUUCAUGCUAAUAAUGGAGCCAAAAGCAAACUGGAAAAAAAGUUUCAAAGUUUUAAUUGAUACGCCCAUGGCACGCCAGAGCGGCGGCCGGCCAUUGUUUGACGUGCCGCCACAACGCCGAGUUUUCUUUUUUGUUUUUGGGUGAGCCACUGAAACAACUUCUGUUGAUUUUGUCUUUUUUAAAAUCUUUUUUACACACGGAGCGAACAUAUGGUGACUCCAAGGCAAGCGAGCGUUGGCUCCUCAAAGUUGUUCUCGUGCCGCACGUGCCGCUCGUACACGUGACAAACGGCCGGCCAAAUGAGGUGGAAAGCGCAGCACAGAGGCCCGUUGCAAAGUCACCGGUCGCUCGGUGGCUCGGUGGCUCGGUCCGGUUUCCACUUUGUGUUAAGGCGUCAAGCAACGUUUGGGCUGGUGCAUGAAGCUCCAACAAGGCUUUCAAGAGCCGCUGAAAUUUCAAACUAAAAAAAGUCAAAAGAUUAAAAAGUUUGAAGCUUGAAUUUCCUCAAAGGCCUGCUCAGCGUGGAGAAGAAAAAAAAGGUGGCGAGAUGGGUCCCUGCUAAGUGCCACACUUGACCUCCAGAUGAAAUGCCACGUGGCGAGCGGCCUCCCGUUCGCCACAAAUCCAAUUUCCCGCCUUGCCUCUCAAUUCCCGUGUGCGCUUGCGCCACUUAGCGUUGUGGGGCUCUGCGCAGGCGGCGCCAAAAGGUCGUGCCACGGAGCAGGUGGAAGGACAGCUCGUUCGUUCGUCAUCCCUCCACCGAUGCGUCCUCGCUAAUGAGUUUAGUGGUUAGCUCCUAGAGCACCAAAAAAAGUAGUGCCGAUACGCUCUUUGGAGGGUUUGAAAUGAUUAGCAGACGAGAAGACGCAGUGUAGAAGCCCGGCUGAAGGACGGGCCUGCGUGGCGGCCGUGUUUGGAGGGGCCACGUUCCCUGUCGAGGGCCCUUCAAUCCAUUGGUUUGACGCAAGAUGAAUUUGUGAAUUAAGAAUUGUGACGGGACCACCUUUGGGCUUUCUUCUUGUCGAACAAUAAGAAGUGUUGGAAUCAAUCGAUUAUUGGACAAGUACUCAUUUUCUGCAACUCUUCUAACAAUGGAGUCAUUUUUGAAAUUUAAAUUGUCCAAUUUGGCCUCUCAACCGUCCUUCGUCACUCCACGUGAGAAAAAAGCGGGGACGUAUGAUUUCAGUGACUUUUGCGAGGAAGAUUUUCAGAGUUAAGCUACAGACUCGAGCCCCCCCCCCCCCCUUAGAGGCACUCUUCUUCUUUGCUGGUUGAUGAGGGGACCAACCAGGUGUGAAAUGGUCGAGUUGAUUGCUCAGAGGCGUCCGCUUCAUUCUGGCACCCGCCAAGCCUCUAAUAGAAGCCCAGAAGAUUACAGCCCCCACCUCCAGCCUAAAGACCCCAUUUCACCUCCCACAAAAGCAAGUACACAUCUGUCUGUUUUGAACUUUCAUCCCUGCUAACUUCCUAAUAUUUUGGCACUCGGAAUGGACCAAAUGAGUCGCUCAUGGUACCAAAAUGGGGCUAGACUGGGACUAGGGGGCGGCUUGAGCCCCGCUAGAACACUUGUAGCCCAGUAAAGCUCCUACAGCAUUUUAUUUGAUACUCUAAAAUAUAUUUGCAAACGAUUUAAGCACCAGGAGAGAAUAAAAAUGUCAAAGAUGUGUCUGAUCAAUGGCAAUGCACUGUAAACUGUGGAAGAAAUAAAACAUCAAUAAAACCAAA